AGAAGAAGCAGCAACAUUAGAAAGAAGGGAAGCAGCAGAGAGGAGGAGAAAGAGUCAGAGAAGAAGACGAAGAGGAUUUUUAACGCUGUGGCUUUCGUAAAGAUCUUGGCUGUUUGGAGUACCUGUGAGGGCGAGGAAGGGCACACACACACACGCACACAAACACACACACCUACACACACAGAGUCCUGACUAAUGAUCCUGCUGGAUGGACCGACGCUGUUCACAUCCACACUUCCAGCUGUGCACAUAGGAGAUCGACCUGUGCGACCAGACAUGCAUUUCUACUAUGUGGGGGACCACACGUGGGCGACCAUGCUGGGUCAGAGCGUGCGGUUGCAGCCGGUGCCCAUCCAGAGCCUGUCGGAGCUGGAGCGAGCCAGAUUACAGGAAGUGGCCUUAUAUCACCUGGAGGAGCGGGACCUGGACUUCAAGAUCAGCAUCCCAAGAGAAAUACGCAAACGGAGAAAAUCUCUACGCAGGAAGUUUGACUCCUUUUCAAAGGAAAAGAAAGAGCGAGAAUCAGCUCCCAAGGCGUUUGGCAUCCCCAUCUCCCAGGUCAUCGCCAACGACCGGGCCUACAAGCGGCAGCAGGACGCCCUGAAGGAGAGCAGGCGCGACUGUCUGGACCUGGAGGCCAGCAUCCUGCGCUUCCGGGCCGAGAAGCGGCAGUUCUUCAACGGGAAUAAGCCACUGGUCAGCUCCUCGUCGAUCACAGGCGGGGGUCCCGGAUCGCCUUCCGCAAACUCGGUGGCACCAGCGCCAAUUUUUGACACUCAGAACAAACCACUGUCCCCCACGUUUCUGGAUAACACCGGCCGAGGACAGAGGAGGGGGGGUUUGUCGGUGGACUCUAUCGCCGACCUUGUGGAGAGUCAGUCUCGUCUGCUGGAGGCGCUGCAGCUCUCCCACCCUGCUGAGCUGGAGCUGAAGAAGUCACCCGGCAGCGGCUCGUCGGAGGGGAGGACACAGACCAAGCUCAGCCUCAACCCCAUCUAUAGACAGGUGCCCCGGGUGCUGGAGAGAUGCUGCAGUCACAUCGAGACCUACGGUCUUCAGACUGUGGGAAUUUUCCGAGUUGGAAGCUCUAAGAAGAGAGUGAGACAGCUGCGGGAGGACUUUGACAUGGGCGUGGACGUCCAGCUGGACGAGGAGCACAGCGUCCAUGACGUAGCAGCGCUGCUCAAAGAGUUUCUGAGGGACAUGCCUGAUCCUCUGCUGCCCAGAGAGCUCUACCCGGCCUUCCUGCACACCCAUCUGUUGAGAGGAGCUGACCAGCUUCAGUACCUGCAGCACCUCCUCUACCUGCUGCCUCCCUGUAACUGCGACACUCUGCUGCGCCUCCUCACCUUGUUACACACCGUGCAGAGCUUCGCCCAGGACACCAUAGGGACCAACGAUCAGGAGAUCCCCGGUAACAAGAUGACGGCUGCGAACCUGGCGGUGAUCUUUGGGCCAAACCUGCUGCAGCGGGAAAGCGGAGGAGAUGUGAGUCCUCACGCGAUGGGGAUCGAGGACAGCACUGCGAUCAUCAGCGUCACUCUGGUGCUCAUACAGAACUACAGGAGGCUCUUCACGGUAUCUGCAGAGGUGCAGCAGGAGGUCCUGAUGAGCCUGAUCCAGACCGACCCAGACAUCAUUGACUACCUGCUACGCAGGAAGCUCAGCAGCACGGCGGAGAGCAGUAGUGAUUCGGGGGGUCGUAGGGACACCGGGGCGUCUCUGGACUCUGUGGGGGCCUCCAGCGGGAGUCUGUCCCCGCUUGAGCCCCCCUCGCCUCUCUUCCCACCCGAUGGUAGCGGCGGUGAAGGCAGCCUGACCAGCGAGGUCUUCCUCAACGUGCUCAAACUGAACCAGAACAGGAAGCGACAGGAGACGAGAUAUGGUGAUGUCCCUCCAGGUAAAUCCAUCCGCCACAUGCGUCAGUUCCACUCCCACCACAACCUGCUCAGCCUGGCCCAGCCCUCAUCUUCCACCUCCAGACUCCACGGUCAUGACCCCGACCCCCAGGACCGCAGGGGCCCGCUGGGUUCGGCAUUGAGCUUCUCUCUGGGCGGUGGUGGCGGCAGUGGCAGUUGCUCCAGUCUGAGUGGGUCGACCGAGAGCAGCAUCUGGGUGAGACAGACGCCACAGGAGGAGAGCAAAUCGUCGCCUGCCGCCAACUUCUGGGACUUCUUCACUGGGAAAGGGUCAGGCUCAGAGACGAUGGUAUGAUGAAGGCCGAUAAGAGGAGGAACAUGAAGGGAAAGAGUGUGUGUGAAUGUGUGUAACUUGCUGUCAGAGGUCAGAAAUCCCCAGGAAAAAUUGGUCAAAGUUCCUGUUACGUUUACAGAGACGUCUGUUGAUUUAACAAGCAAAGGUUAAGUGUAUUUCUAGGAUUAUAAAUCCAAAAUUUUCUACUUGAAUUUCUGACUCUUUUAUUGCAAAUUUUUCUUGUUGGAAUUUCCCACUUUUCCGGCACCUCUUGAAUGCAGCAUAUGUGUGAAUGUGUGGUUUGGGCAAAGAAAGCAGGAAGGAAACCAACAAAAGAAGAAUGAAAUGUCAAAUACAUUUUUUUUUUUUUUUUUUUUUUGGGAUUAAUGUUGAAGAUGAAAACUAAGCACAACUUUCUCAGACAGAGACACGGACGUAAAAGUAAACAAAGGAAAAAAAGACAAAUCUGUCUGAGAUUAUCUGGAAGUGGAUGCAGUAAUAAUUGCAAUGUAUAUAAUGUGUACAUGAUGUAUUCAUAAGUUUACAUAAAACUUCGUCUUUACUACCUAGAACUGCGUAACUAACUGCAUGGGCCCUACUAACCCGUUAUCUGUAAUGAGACCACACCAGACUCCCUUUGGUUUUUGUUGUUUUUCCUGUAAUGUUCAAUAAGCUCUCAAUAAGCUCUUUAUCCAUGAUUAGCAAGAAUGAUUGCAAAGAUUCAAAACAUCUGACAUCCAUGAAGACCCAAAGUGUCCAAUAAUAUGAAUAACUGCAGAUAAAGUAUGUUCAGUGGCCAAACUGUGGGAUAAUACUGUCGUUUUCAGUUUUUCGGUAGAGUCCCAGGUUUCUUAAUGAAAGCAUCUAUGAUCAGAUUUCAUGGUUGUACAUUUUGUCUGUAUUUAUUCAUCCAUACAUCUUAUUUAUUUGAUAUUGAGCACUGUGGGUCUCCAUACAUGACAUCUAACCUCAGAUUUUUAGAGGUUGGAUCCUACAUCCAUAGAUAAUGUGAUUUCAUAUGUUGAAAGAUAUUGUAGUUUCUGGUACCAAGGUUGAGCAUGACCUUUCAGUCUCAGUCCUUUGUACCAUAUUUCCCAUCAAGCUAAUCGUCUCGCAACCAUGUGGACGGGUCCUGACCCUCAGGCUGGGAACCACUGGUCUAUGUCAAAUGUAAAUGUUUCAGAAGCAUGCUGGUGACUAUAUUUUUUUUUGGGUGAAGCAGUAAUUGAAAUGCUGUUGAAACAAAGGUCAUAUGCUACCUGGAUGUCUAAAGAUAGAUUUUCAACCAAAUAAUGCCUGGUUUGACCUAAAUGUCGAUGAACUGUCGCCUUUAACUUCUGUUUUAAAAAGGUAUCACACGUUCUUCAUUGCACAAAGCAAACUUUAGGUCCUUGCGCAGACGUAUGAAAGUGUUGCAGAGCUUUGACUUCAGAAGCAUCUUGGAAAGCUCGGUGUGGACUUUAGAGUAAGACUCAGUCCCUUCCAGCAGGAAUUCAGCUUUCAGAAGUGUUACCUUCCUUUAACCACAAGAGGGAGACAUUCACCACAUCAGCUCAUGUUGCUACCACCUACAGGCUCAUAUAACCUCGGUCAAGUGUAUUGAUAAGUGUAUUAGAUAGGGAAUAGUGCCAAACAGCUAGGAACUGUACAGACGUUUGUCUCCGGCCUCUUUGUAGUAGAAACCUGUGAUGUUUCCUGUUGUUGCACAGAGAUUUUCCUGCAUCCUAACGUUGUAUUUCUUCACCACAAACACAGAAGCUGUACAGAGUGUGUCCUUCACCUCGGCAGGUGAAUGUAUCUUCUUUUCUUUUGGAUUCGUUGUAGAGAAAACAAGAUUUUUUUUUUUUUUGUUGGUAACUCUUUUUCUAUAUCAUUGUAAAACCCGUCAAGGUGUGUUUAAGACCUAAACCGGAGAAUGUACCACCCACCUGCAGAGAAUUAAAUGUCAGACUCUCUGUGUGUCUUUGGUUAUUGUGGAAUCUGAUGGGAGAGAAGAGGGUUAAAUGUUCAAUACAAACAAGACAAUCUGUUUCUGGGACUUCUGGUCAUACUUUUGGCAGCACCGCAAGCAUCUGAAAAGCAAUAAUGUGAGUCAGAAGACAAAAAACCCUGCAGGGGAAGAUGAUCUCACACCAAAUACGCACAGAAAGCUUUCUCAGUCUGCUCUCAACUUCUGUUCAG